AUGGCGGAUAAGGCUAAGCAAAAUUUGUCAUGGUGCAAAAGUUUGAUGAAGGAGGUGAAGAAAUGGGGUGGUUUGAAGCAGACAGGGGUGAGUCUGAGGUACAUGAUGGAGUUUGGUUCCAACCCCACUCAAAAGAAUUUGCUCCUCUCUGCUCAGUUCCUUCACAAAGAGCUUCCCAUCAGGAUUGCAAGGAGAGCCCUUGAGCUUCAAACUCUCCCUCGUGGCUUGUCUCACACCCCUCCUGUUUUGAAGGUUAGAGAAUGGUACUUGGAUUCUUUCCGUGACCUUCAAUCUUUCCCUGAGAUCAAGGAUAUGAAUGAAGAAAAAGAAUUCACUGAAAUGAUUAAGGCUAUCAAGGUGAGACACAACAAUGUGGUUCCUACAAUGGCCUUAGGUGUUCAGCAAUUGAAGAUUGCUUCUGAGAAUUAUGAUGAGAUUGACGAGUUUCUUGAUCGCUUCUACAUGUCAAGAAUAGGAAUCCGAAUGCUCAUUGGGCAGCAUGUUGAGCUGCACAACCCCAACCCUCCUCCAAAUUGUGUUGGUUAUAUACACACAAAACUGUCUCCUAUGAAUGUAGCAAGGAAUGCUAGUGAAGAUGCACGUGCCAUGUGCUAUCGCGAAUAUGGCAGUGCCCCAGAUGUUAACAUUUAUGGAGAUCCUGAGUUUACUUUUCCGUAUGUUCAAGCUCACUUGCAUCUUAUGGUAUUUGAGUUGGUUAAGAACUCACUGCGUGCUGUACAAGAGCGUUUUAUGGACUCUGAUGAAGUUGCUCCUCCCAUUAGAAUAAUAAUAGCUGAUGGAAUAGAGGAUGUUACCAUAAAGGUCUCAGAUGAGGGAGGUGGAAUAGCAAGAAGUGGUCUACCAAAAAUUUUUACAUAUCUCUACAGUACAGCCAGAAAUUCAUUGAAUCAACCUGACCCUUCUGAUCUUGGAAUAGCUGGUAAUGCAACCAUGGCUGGAAAUGGAUAUGGACUCCCUAUUUGCCGUCUGUAUGCUAGGUAUUUUGGUGGUGAUCUUCAAGUAAUAUCUAUGGAAGGAUAUGGAUUAUUAUUUGCAGGGACGGAUGCAUAUCUCCAUUUGUGUCGUUUGGGAGACUCACAAGAACCUUUGCCCUGA